AGCAGGAAAAGGAGGCAAGGCUGGUGGAACGCAAGAACCCGGAAGUGCUGGGUGGAGCUGGGAAAGUGGGGAGAGUGUUGUGAGCUGCAAACAUCUUUGUGAUCUGUACAUUUUGGUUUGUCAUGGGGACUUGGUUCAACGGUGAUACUCCAACAGGGAGCGAAAGGAUCAGAGACUGAGCAUGGAGUCCCAUGGCAGAGAAGAACAUUAUACACCUCGCCCUGGAGAUCAUCUACCUGCUGCCUGGAGAGAAAGAACAAGAAGAUCCUGGAAGUCACCCAGAAGAUGAUUGAUCUGCUGACAGGAGAGGAAGUCAUGGAGCCUCCUCUCUGAAUCCAGAAAUUAUUAGAAGAACAGAAGUCAUUCCAGAAAGGCAUCAGGACGAAGAACCAGCUGCCUCUCACACCAAUGGAUGUAGACAAAGGCAAGCAGAAACAGCAAGCACCCAGUGAUGUCAAGCAGCAAGACAACCCCUUAGAUGGGGACCUUAGCGAAGAAUUAGACUACACAAUGGUCAAAAUCAAGAGGGAGUCCGACUCUGAAGAGGACCUGUCGGGUAAUGACUUGCCCGGCAAUGUUAAGGUCCCAGAGGCUGAGGGCCCUAAGUUGUUUGGUCAUAUUAAGGACGAGUCUGAUGAGGAUGACUAUUUAUCUAUCUGUAUUAAAGAGGAAUCGUUUUCGGAAGAUGAGGAGGAUCCUUUACAACUCAAUAUACAAACGGUGACAUGGUCCGCUGAUGGUGAAGAAGGGAGUGUAUGGGAAGGAGCUAAAAGUUCCUCCUCAGCCCAGGAGACAAAGGCCUUCAACUGUGACGGGUGCAAGAAAAGCUUCGGCAGCAGCUCCGACCUCCUCAAACACCAGCUGGUGUACAAAGGGCCUCACUCUCUGAUCUGUUUGGAGUGCGGGAAGUGUUUUGCCAAAAAAGCACAGCUGGUGAAACAUCAGCGUAUCCACACCAGGCCCAAGCCCUUCACGUGCCCCGAGUGCAAAAAGUCCUUCCCUCUGAAGUCACUUCUGAUAACGCACCAGCGCGUUCACACAGGGGAGAAACCGUACUCGUGCCGGGACUGCGGCAAGUGUUUUGCCCAGCAGUCGUCGCUCAUCAAACACGUGAGGACUCACUCGGGGGAGAAGCCGUACAGCUGCUAUACUUGCGGGAAGAGCUUUACCAGCAGCACCAACCUCAUUCUACACCACCGUACGCACACGGGAGAAAAGCCCUUUGUGUGCCAGGACUGCGGGAAGGGCUUUGGGCAGAAGUCGCUCCUCGUCAUCCAUCAGAGAUCCCACACGGGGGAGAAGCCCUAUUCCUGUCCCAUCUGCAGCAAGUAUUUCACCAGCAAGUCCCCCUUCGUCCGGCACCAGCGCAUUCACACGGGCGAGAAGCCUUUCUCCUGCCCCCAAUGCGGGAAGUGCUUCAACCAGAAUUCGCUGCUCGUCAAACACCAGCGCGUUCACACGGGAGAGAAACCGUUCCCUUGUCCCGAAUGCGGUAAAUGCUUCGCCCAGAAGACUUCCCUGGGCAAACACCGGCGGACUCAUUCUGGGGAGAAGCCCUACAUGUGCUGCGAGUGCGGCAAGAGCUUUGCCCGCAGCACGCACCUCACCGUUCACCAGAGAAUUCAUUCUGGGGAGAAGCCUUUUUCCUGUUCGCAGUGCGGGAGAUCCUUCAACCAGAAGUCAGUGCUGAUCAGCCACCAGAGGACCCACACUGGAGAACGACCUUUUUCUUGUUCCCAAUGUGGGAAAUGCUUUUCCCGCAGCACCCACCUCCAUAUACACCAGAAAGCCCACUUAUUAGAGACCUCGCUCAUCAAGUGAGAGACUUGCACGGGCGAUGAGCCAAAUCACAUAUCACUAGCUAAAGUCAAAGAAUAACCAUCACAGUAGACAUAUAAAGAGACUGUUGAUCCCGAAGAAGAUGAAGAAAAAUCACAUUUUAGGUGUCCUAUUUGUGAGCAUGUCGUUUCUGCUGAGUAGUUGCAUCAAUAAUGCUGUGUAUGACACAUCUGAGUAUUUAAUUAAAAACGUACACAAUUACUGUAUUUCUUCUUAUUUAAUAAAAAAACUG